AUGUCAGCCGAGGCCUCGGGCCCGGCGGCGGCCGAGGCGCCGUCCCUGGAGGUCGCUAAGCCCUCGGGUCUCGAGCCUGGCUCCGUCGCCUACGGUCUCAAGCCACUGACCACGAACAGCAAGUACGUGAAGCUAAACGUGGGCGGCUCGUUGCACUACACCACGCUGCGCACCCUCACCGGACAGGAGUCCAGGCUCAAGGCCAUGUUCAGCGGCCGCGCGGAGGUGCUCACUGACGCCGGAGGUUGGGUGCUGAUUGACCGGAGCGGCCGCCAUUUUGGUACAAUUCUCAACUACCUGCGGGACGGGUCUGUGCCUCUGCCUGAGAGCACCAGAGAGCUGGGGGAGCUGCUGGGCGAAGCCCGCUACUACCUGGUGCAGGGACUGAUUGAGGACUGCCAACUGGCACUGCAGCAAAAAAGGGAGAACGUGUCCCCGCUGUGCCUCAUCCCCACGGUGACAUCUCCCCGGGAGGAGCAGCAGCUCCUGGCUAGCACCUCCAAGCCCGUGGUGAAGCUCCUGCACAACCGCAGUAACAACAAGUACUCCUACACCAGCACUUCAGAUGACAACCUACUUAAGAACAUCGAGCUGUUUGACAAACUGGCCCUGCGCUUCCACGGGCGGCUGCUUUUCCUCAAGGAUGUUCUGGGGGACGAGAUCUGCUGCUGGUCUUUCUACGGGCAGGGCCGCAAAAUCGCCGAGGUGUGCUGCACCUCCAUUGUCUAUGCCACGGAGAAGAAGCAGACCAAGGUGGAAUUCCCAGAGGCCCGGAUCUUUGAGGAGACCCUGAACAUCCUGAUCUACGAGACUCCCCGAGGCCCAGACCCAGCCCUCCUGGAGGCCACAGGGGGUGCAGCUGGAGGUGGCGGGGCUGGCCGAGGGGAGGAUGAGGAGAACCGAGAGCACCGUGUCCGCAGGAUCCACGUCCGGCGCCACAUCACCCACGAUGAGCGUCCUCAUGGCCAACAGAUUGUCUUCAAGGACUGA